AUUCGCCAGCUGAAGAAACGGCCUGGGUUGAUGGUUUCACUCGGAGCUAGAGGUGGGAACUCCCAGGGGGCCGAGCCAGGCCGAGCAUCAGAGGACAUCGCUUCAGCAAAACAAGAUUCUCUGAAGGUGCUGUUUGCCUGUUACCUUUGAGAGUAAUCAUAACCAAAAAGAGAAGGGUCCGCUGUGAGGUCUGGGGUAUCCGUGGCCUCCCUUUACAACCUUCUCUAAGCGAUAUUCUUGGUGGUACCCACAAGCAUCUUCGUGAAUGGACAUAGAUGUCCUAAGUCUUGGAGCCACCCCAGCCAAACGCUCCAGCACGUGCUCCCUCUUGGGACCUCUCCCGCUCUUGGUAGGAUGGACCAGGAUUCACCAGACGGGCUGCUCUUCAAAGACCACGAUUUCUCCUCCGACUUGUUGAGACAGCUCAAUGUCUUAAGACAAAACAGGAUCCUGACUGAUGUGAGCAUCUGUGCUGGGGCCUGGGAGGCCCCCUGCCACCGCAACGUGCUGGCCUGUAGCAGCCCCUACUUCAGGGCCAUGUUCUGCAACAACUUCCGAGAGAGCCGAGAGGCCAAAGUGCAACUGAAAGGCAUCGACUCGACGACUCUGGACCGGAUGGUCCUGUAUGUGUAUACGGGGGAGGUGCACAUCACAGCAGAGAACGUUCUGCCCUUGAUGGAGGCGGCCUCCAUGCUGCAGUACCCCAAGCUGUUUGAGGCCUGCUCCUCCUACCUCCAGGGCCAGCUGACCCCCAGCAACUGCCUGGGCAUGAUCAGACUCUCAGAAAUCUUAAGUUGUGAGACCCUCAAGAAGAAAGCCAGGGAGGUGGCCCUGACCUAUUUCCCAGAGGUGGCCGCAUCGGCUGACCUGAAGGAGCUCUGUGCCUUGGAGCUGCGAGACUACCUCGGAGAUGAUGGGCUGUGUGGGGAGGAGGAAAAGGUGUUUGAGGCCCUUAUGGUUUGGAUCAAGCAUGACCUCCAGGCCCGUAAACGAUACAUGCAGGAGCUGUUCAAGCAGGUCAGGCUUCAGUACAUCCACCCGGCCUUCUUCCACCACUUCAUCGCCAACGACGCCCUCCUUCAGUCCUCACCCUCAUGCCAGACCAUCCUGGAGAUAGCCAAGAGGCAGAUGUUUUCUUUGUACAGCACCACCAGUGCCCCAGACCUCCAACCUCCGUGGCAUGUCCCCCCAAGAAACUCUUACCAAGAUUUCCUCAUGCUCCUGGGUGGAAGGAAGGACAACCAGCAAACCACCAGGGAUGUUCUGCUAUACAACCCACAGACCGACCAAUGGCAGAGCCUCGCCAAACUCCCGACCCGGCUGUACAAGGCCUCAGCAGUCACCUUGCACCGCAGCACCGUCUAUGUGCUGGGAGGCAUGGCUGUUGGCGUAGGGAAGAGCGUGCUCAGUCGCAAAGUCUACAUCUUCUCCCUGAAAUUCAAUCAUUGGAGGCUGGGGCAGCCCAUGCUGGCGGCCCGCUACUCCCACAGGAGCACUGCCCAUAAGAACUUCAUCUUCUCCAUAGGGGGCGUUGGAGAAGGCCAGGAGGUCAUGAGCUCCAUGGAGAGAUAUGACAGCAUCAGCAACAUCUGGGAGAGUAUGGCCAGCAUGCCAGUGGGGGUUCUCCACCCUGCAGUCGCUGUGAAAGACCAAAGACUCUACCUUUUUGGGGGAGAGGACAUCAUGCAGAACCCUGUGCGUCUUAUCCAGGUUUAUCACAUUUCCAGAAACACGUGGUUCAAGAUGGAGACGAGAAUGAUCAAGAACGUGUGCGCCCCCGCCGUGCUGCUCGGGGAGCGGAUUGUCAUCGUGGGAGGUUACACAAGGAGGAUUCUUGCUUACGACCCUCAGUCCAACAAAUUUGUCAAGUGUGCAGACAUGAGAGACCGGAGGAUGCACCACGGGGCCACAGUGAUGGGGAACAAGCUGUAUGUGACGGGCGGGCGGCGGCUGACCACGGACUGCAACAUCGAGGACUCGGCCUCCUUUGACUGCUACGACCCCCAGACGGACACCUGGACGUCCCAGGGACAGCUGCCUCACAAACUCUUUGACCAUGCCUGCCUCACCCUCCAGUGCAUACCCUAUACUUCCCCCUUUCCAUGAGGUCGACGAGAAACUGUCUGUCUUAGUCAAGAUGCUCUUGUGGCAAGAGACAGAACCCAACUCCAAAAAGCUUAACCCUAAAAUGGUGCAGGGAUUGCUCACAGGACUGAAAAGGCCUGGAGGCAUAUUGUUGGCAGAACUCUCUUUGCCUCUCUUUCUCUCUCUUCUUCUCUCUCUCUCCCCCUCCCUCCUUCUCUACCUCAUUUCUAUUAGGCUUCAUUCUACAAACAAGCUUCUUUAUCCACAUGAUGUAAGGACAAUGGCAACCGAUAAACUCAGACUCACAUUCUCCAGCUUUGCGUCUGCAGGAGAGAAUUUUACCACUAUCCUUAUGUUAACCCUAAAAAAUGAUGCUCCCUAGCCCUUUUUGAAUUCCAUGCCUACCUCUUGCGCCAAUCACUGUCUCCAGGCAUUGUACCACUGCAAUUGGCUAGUCCUGGAUCAUGUCCUUACAGGCAGAGGUGGCAUUAGCUAUGGUCCUUGACAAUUUAUCCAAACUGCACGCAAUGGGCUAGAAGUGCCUCCUCAAAGGAAGAAAUGCUGGGCUGACAAAAAUCACAUCUGCCCAGAAAAUCAUGGAAAUUUGGCACGAGAGGGCAAAGAGACCCAAAAAGGUCCCUGGAAGCCCUUGGUCCAGGUGGCAGCAUGAGCAACGGGCCAUGCGUGUGUUCUCUGCAUUCUACGGAUGCAGCACACUGGGAUUCCAGAUAAGUAUGCGCAAGUCAGGGUCUAGUGUUUGCAAAAUUAUCUGCACUGCCAGAAUAAAGUUUGCUUCUGGUGCCAGAUGAUGUUUUCCUCCAGCCCUUGGGGAGCUAUAAACCUGUGAAAUUAAUCAGGAUUUUCAUUUUGGUAAAUGUUAUGAGAGUUGCUCCUCUGGGGAAAGCCAACGAAUUCCUUCAGAGCUUACAGCAAUUACUGCCCUCCCGACCUCAGGGCUGACUUUCCCUAUCCAUAGCCCUCUUUAUCGCAAAGUGCCUUCCACCUGGCUCAGCGCCAAGCUCAGGAAUAAGCAGGAGCUGGCAGCCCCUUACAAUCACCUGGGGAGAUGUUUGAAAAAUAGAUCCUCAUACGAGAUGGACAGACGGGGAUUCUCAGAGACGGGGCCCAGAGCUCUGUAUUUUUGAAAAGUGUCCCAGAGCAUCAUACAGUCACGCGUCAAUUAACAAUGGGGAUGUGUUCUGAGAAAUGCGUCAUUAGACGAUUUUGCCAUUGUGCGAACAUCACAGAGCGUAUUCACACAAACCUAGAUGGUAUAGCCUACUACACACCCAGGCUAUGUGGUACUAAUCUUAUAUGCAGUUGUAUAUGCGAUGCGUCAUCCAUGCGGUCCUUCGUCAACUGAAACCUCGUUAUGCGGCACGCAUCAGGCGGAGAAGGACAGCCUGCUUAGGUGUGGGCACUCAAGACCUUCAUGCACUGCUCCCAUUCCUGUCCAUUCCCAUCCUGUCAUGGCUGGCCCUGUCCCAGGCCAGCGACGUAGGCAAAGUCUUCUCCUCUCCAAUGGAAGCGUGUGAGAUGAGUCUUGCUGCCCUGAGCCUGGCACUCUGGCCCCAGAGUGUCCCUGAGCUGAAGCCUUUCUCCCCUCUGGUUUUCCACGUUCAUGUUUGGACUUUUCCUUUCUUCUUAGUUUGUGUUUUUUUGCACUUCGAUUUCUCUAGCUGGGGUCUGAAGCUCUGCGCUGCUCCCCAGACCAUUUGGCAGUGGUCCAGUCACCCCCCCCCCAGAUUGUCAGCCUCUGCUCCUCAUCCUAGAUGCUGUCCCCUUAGCCGUUGGCUGGCCUCUUACUCCAGCCCAUUCUCUUUGAACCUCUCUGUUCAGGCUCUCCAUUCCACCUCUCCCUGAAGCUGUACUUACAUAAAUAACCAGUGACUCCUACAGUGCCCCAUCUGGCUGUCCAUUUUCACUUCCCAUCUCCCUUGACCAGUCAGCAGCGUACUGGACACGGCUGACCCUCCCUCCGUCUUGAAACAACUUUGUCACUCGGCCUUUGGACAACACUCGCUCUUGCUUCCCUUCUUCCUGCAGUUCAUUCUUGCGUCCUUAUUUUCCUGACUAAUAAAUGGUGGUGCACGCCAGG